GCUGCUGAGAAUUUAAAGCAGAAUGUGCUCCUAGGGGCGUGCUUAAAAGCCGGAGACCAUCCCAGAGAAGGGUGAGCUGCCGGAAAUGCACCCACGAUCUCGCUUCGCGUCCUGAAAUUCCACUUCAAGGCCGGCUCCGGCUGCUUGGCUUUCCUGCCGCCGUUUGUCCCUCGCGAAGCCCCGUUGCUCGCCCAGGAGGCGUGACUUGGGGCUGGAAGCAGGCGGGCCGCUGCGCCGUGGGCCCGGGCUGCCGCUGUCAUGGACGCCUGGGUCCGCUUCAGUGCUCAGAGCCAAGCCCGGGAGCGGCUGUGUAGGGCCGCCCAGUAUGCCUGUUCCCUUCUCGGCCAUGCUUUGCAGAGACAUGGGGCUAGUCCCGAGUUACAGAAACAGAUUCGACAACUGGAGGGUCAUCUGAGCCUCGGACGAAAGUUGCUACGCCUGGGGAACUCAACAGAUGCCCUGGAGUCAGCCAAAAGGGCUGUGCACCUGUCAGAUGUCGUUCUGAGAUUCUGCAUCACUGUCAGUCACCUCAACCGAGCCUUGUACUUUGCCUGUGACAAUGUCCUAUGGGCUGGAAAGUCUGGGCUAGCUCCCCGAGUGGACCAGGAAAAGUGGGCACAGCGUUCAUUCAGAUACUAUCUGUUUUCCCUCAUCAUGAAUCUGAGCCGUGAUGCUUAUGAGAUUCGCCUAUUGAUGGAACAAGAGACUUCAGCUUACAGCAGGCGAAUGAAGGUUUCUGGAGUAGGAGUCUCAGGAGGAGUAGAAACUGUGGGACCUGGAGGACCAGGGACUCCAGGAGGAAGUCUGCCACAACUGGCUUUGAAGUUUCGGCUCCGAAUCCUGCUACUGGCUCGUGUCCUUCGAGGUCAUCCCCCUCUCUUGCUGGAUGUGCUCAGAAAUGCCUGUGACCUUUUCAUCCCACUGGACAAACUAGGCCUCUGGCGUUGUGGCCCUGGGAUUGUGGGGCUGUGUGGCCUCAUAUCCUCCAUUCUGUCUAUUCUCACCCUAAUCUGUCCCUGGCUACGACUCAAGCCCUGACUGACACUGUGGUACAAGAUAAGGAGGGAGCCCAGGUGGGUGAGAUGGAAGCUGAGAUGGUCACUGUGUGCCAACCUCAUUGUAAUUCAACUCCUUGACUGAAGUUAAAAUCCAGAUCCUUAGGGAUGAGGGGAAGAACCUGCCAAAGACGGGUCAGGAAGGCAGUGCUAAGGGAAGGCUCCUGCAGGCCUCUGCAGUUGGGCUUCAUUCAGUCCCAUUGCCAGAAUCUCAUAGCUCUUCCCUUUAUCUCUCUGUCUUGAGUCUAGUUAAGAAUUUGUUACCGUGAGACAGAAUUCUCUUUCUUAGCCUCCUGGCCAGAUAUUUAAAAGGAGGGGGGUGGGUUACUUUUUGGUAGGGGAAGCUUAAGUUAUGGAUAGCAAAGUGCUAAUUGUAUUCUUUUUUUCUGAAACCUCAUGUAGCAUUUUUCUUCCCUUCCACCCUCCAUACUUUCCCAGGCUUCAUUUCAUGCCCGGCGUCUCUUCGCUCACACCGCUGCAGGCUGUUUGAGGCUUCUCCCCUGGGUCUGCCUCAGCAGACUGCCUCCACACUUUCCAGUUUCUGCGUACACGUUGAUAUUAGAGUUUCCUUCCGCACUUGGCUCUUGCUCUUUCUCUGACUACCCAGGCUGAUGCCAUGUCUGGCCUCUUCCUGUAAAUACUGUACAAUGAUUCUAUGUAAAUAACUGGUCCUUGCCCACAGAGCAAGCAAGCCUUCUAGGCUAACAAAUUAAAGAUCAGUUUGCUCACUGACUUUUUUAUUCAAUUCAAGAUGGCGGGGGUGGGGUGGGGGGACGGAUUGCCUGUUUUCACUGUGGUACCUAGGCAGGGCUGAAGCUCUGAGCUCCCCUGCUUUAGGCUUCUGAGUAGCCUACAGUGAGUGUUACUGUGUCCAGCUGCUCGUUGACAUCUGGUCUCUCAUGGUCUGGUCAUUGUAAGCCUUAGCUCUCUGACUGUGGAUGGCUUUCCUUGGCGUUAGCAGCUAACAUGGUUACAGGAUUUCACUGAAAAUUUAAAUGUUGGGGGAAAGGUGCGGACACACCAUAAUGGUCCCAAUUCAAAACAAUCCGUGAACAGCCUCAAGUUAGGGGUGAGAUGUUUUCAACCAAAGUAAUUAUCUUGACACCACAAAGCACACCUGUCUACAGGCAGUGACUCCCCAAAAGCUAUUAGACACACACAAGCAUGACCAUAACUCAGUGGAUUGGCAAGGUCACACAGUAGGACUGCCCUUCACACAGUAGGUAGGAAAAUGCUGCUGUCACUGCUGUCAGCUGUUAUUUUGCAUAUCCCAUGUUAAGAUUAAUAAGGCAAAAAAUAUUGUCUCUAAGUCCUACUUUCUGUUCCAAACUGGAGGAAAUUAUUGAAUAAAUAAACCGUGCAUAAAAGUAGCCUCAGAAAGGGU